CCGGGCUGCCCGCUGACGGCCCCGGCAGCCGCAGGGCCGGGCGGCUUGCCCUGCUCAAAGAUGGCCGGCGGCGGCCUCGGCGUGUCAGGAGGCGAGAGGUGAAAGGUGACAGCGGCGGGUGGCCUGGCUCCAGGAAGAUGGCAGAGAGCGAGCGGCAGGCAGGCACCUCUGAGGAGGUGGCUCCUCCCCUCCAGCAGAGCUUCAUGAUCCCCAAAAAGGAGAUAAACAUGGUUUCUGACAUGGCCAAGUGGAAGCGCUCUCAGGCAUAUGCAGAUUACAUGGGCUUCAUCCUCACCCUGAAUGAAGGUGUCAGGGGCAAGAAGCUGACCUGCGAAUACAAAGUCUCAGAGCCCAUUGAAAAGCUGGUGGCUCUUCUGAACACCCUCGACAGAUGGAUCGAUGAAACUCCACCAGUGGAUCAACCUUCUCGCUUUGGAAACAAAGCCUUCAGGACCUGGUAUGCCAAACUAGACCAGGAAGCAGAAAAGUUGGUGGCAACAGUGAUCCCCAAGCAUUUGGCUGAUGCUGCGCCAGAGGUAGCAGUGUACCUGAAGGAAUCCGUGGGGAACUCCACCCGCAUUGACUAUGGCACAGGGCACGAAGCUGCAUUUGCGGCCUUUCUCUGUUGCCUCUGCAAAAUUGGUGUUCUCAGAGUGGAUGACCAGAUGGCCAUUGUCUUUAAAGUGUUUAACAGGUACCUAGAAGUGAUGCGGAAACUUCAGAAGACCUACAGGAUGGAACCUGCUGGCAGCCAGGGUGUGUGGGGCUUGGAUGACUUCCAAUUUCUACCUUUCAUAUGGGGCAGUUCCCAACUAAUAGACCAUCCAAAUCUGGAGCCUCGGCACUUUGUUGAUGAGAAGGUGGUAAAUGAAAACCAUAAGGACUUCAUGUUCCUGGAGUGCAUCCUCUUCAUUACAGAGAUGAAGACGGGCCCCUUCGCUGAGCACUCCAACCAGCUCUGGAACAUCAGCGCCGUACCUUCCUGGUCCAAGGUGAACCAGGGCCUCAUCCGUAUGUACAAGGCAGAGUGCUUGGAGAAGUUUCCUGUGAUCCAGCACUUCAAGUUCGGCAGCCUGCUCCCCAUCCAGCCUGUGAUGUCCUAAGGAGGCCGCGGGAGGAGUCGAGGCAGCGGAGGUGUAGCGCGGUGCUCUUCCUCCUCCCCUCACCCCCUCCUCAUCACCUCGCCCGCCGCACAGCCCAUUCAUUCCUGCACAUCCUCAUCGGCAACCACAGAUCCAAAGCACUCGUCAGCCUUGCACGGGAGACGGGACCGAGAGCGGCUCCUCCUGCAAGUCCCCGCCACGGGGAUCUCUCGCAAGCGACCAAGCCAGGGCUGUGCUUCUCCACUCUGCCGCGGGCAGCAGAGCUGCUGUCUCCGGAUCUGGGCAUGCAAACGGGGUUUGAGCAGGGGCUGCCUCGCAGAGAAGGCCCUCUGCUUUCCUUCCCGGGAGGAAGGGGGUGGGGAGGGGAGGAAGGCACGUGUAGAUGUGUUGGGCAGCGGUAACUGCAAUUUCCCGUUUGAAUUUCACUGAAGUUUCCUGUUGCUGUUUGGUUUGGGAAACCACUGUGAGGGGUGAGGUGUGAGCCUGCACGUGCCUGUAUGCAGCCGCCUUUGCUUGUACAGGGUGUUCUUAAAAGGAUAAAGGAAGUUGUAGGGAAAGUCUGUGGGUUGCUAGAAGCCCAGGGUGACGUCUCUCCCGUAUUCUGGGUAAGGAAAGCCACGUUCCUCCUCCCUCCAUCUCUCCUGCAAGGUUCCCUAAAUCUGCCUUUCACACCACCGCCUCUUCUCUAGGGUGAAGCUAGGAGCCACAGAGGUCUGAACUGGUUCCAUCACUGGAGCCAAGGUCUCCAGAGGGCCCUGGCUCUGUGGGAACGGCUAUACAAAGACACAGCUUGAGCGGAGCCUGGUUGGGCUUCCUCCCCUCUGUAGUUAAUGGGCACAAAACCUCACAUGUUCCCACACAUUCGUUGCUGUUUAGGGAUCAGCUGGGUCCAACCUGCCCUCUGCACUGCCCUUUUCCUUCUUGGCGCUUUGCUGCCCUGCUACUGGGCUGGACUCAAUGGCACGAGGUGACUGUGGCUGCUACCGCUUGGUCAUAAAUUGUAGCGACAGCCCCAUAGCAAAGGGAUUUUCCCAUGAAGCAGCAUGUUCCCCAGCACUUUUAGGGAGGCAUCCCCAGAGCAAAGGCACCAGGGGGGCAAGCAUGCAGUUUUACCUAUAUUUAUGUAACUGUGCUGGUAAGGAAGCACAUAAAUAGCCCAGGACAGCGAUUUACACCCGGAGAAAGCUCUUUCCUUUCCUCAUUGCCUGCUGGUGCUGCCGUGCUGGACCUUGGAUGGAGGGACCAUACAUCCAGUGCCACCAGCAGCAGCAUCCAGAAGGCAGGUGAAUGAAUGGGGACAUGAUCCAGACCAUACUGACACUAUCAGUAGGAGGACAGAAGUGGUUGGUGGUGAGUUUGAGAGGAGCUGUUGUGUCCACGUGUCUGACCAAGGUGCUCUACAAGUUUCUGGCAGGAGAGGGGCUGUUUCCCCUUGGGGUUCCCAUGCCGGGUGUGGAGGUGAGAGGGCUUUGGCCCGGUGUUUGCUGGGCAUUGGGGGCAGCCGGGAUCUUUUCCCUGGCAUUAUCCCGGGCUGCAGAGAGGGUGGUGGUGCUGCCUCCAGCCAGGAUGCUCAGCUUUUGCUGCUGUACUGCUUUACUGUUACUGUUUGGAAGAAAAAGCCUGUUUGCAUUUCUUUUUUUACGAUUUUCUUGUUGCCAGACCUAGCUGCUCCCUCUUACAAAAAGUUCUCUUAGAUGCUCUGGGGAGGGAGAGCAAGAAGAGUCUAAAUUAAGAGGCAGUGAAAUGCAGGUGUCCGUAGAGCUAAAGCAGAGCUUUCUAGCCCUGCUGCUGUUGUGUCUGCUCCGUUGCUUGGCCCUAGGCUGUCUGUCAUCUGCGUAGGACAGUGGCAAGGAUCUUUCUACCUACCUAAAGCAACUUUAUAGAAUUGCAUUUUAAAUGGCAGUGAAGGAGACUCAAGUUAAGUCUUUACUCCUAAAUCAUUAAUGGGAUGUGUGUGUCAACUCAGCUUUUCAAAUAAAUCCACUCUGGGAGUGCUGCUCGUUUGCCUGUUGGGACCUGAGGAGUCCGGUUCUGGUGGAGCGCUUCGGCAGCCACAACCUGGAGCGGGGAACUCAGGCUUCUCAGUCUGUGUCCCCUCUCUCUGCUGGUGGCUUUUGGCAAGCGCUGUCAGGCUGCAAAUGGCUGUCAGCAUCUGGCCAGCACUGGCUGAGCCAAAGCUUAUGGUUUCUCAAAGCUGCCCAGGGGAUUUGAACACAUCUCUCCUAGUAACUUUAUGGAAAUAGGGCUUCUGUGUAAAAAGGUGGAUGGAAAUGUUGACAUCCCUGCUCUAGAAGCUGGGAGGGACACCAAGAGUGUGAAACAGAGCACCAAAAAAGGGUAGGGAGAUGUUUCCUUCCACUGCAGCUGCACCCAGGGGAGCAUGUGUCCCUGGGCUUGGGACCUCCCGAGGAGGUGGGGAAGAGGCUCGUGUGGAGCCCUGUUUCUUGCUUGCCUGAGUCUGCACAUUUGUCUCAUUAGGGAUUUUUGGACCUUAAGCAGUUAUUUCUUGUUUGAAUUGUAUCAGCCCACUUGGGAGCUGCCCCCCGUGGCAUGGCAGUCGGCUGCUCAUGUUCCUCCAACUCCCACCAGCGUCCGCUGCUGGCCCGCGGGGCUCUGCUCCUCUCCCGGUGGGUCCGCACAUGUAGCAGCGCCCAGGGCUGCUUGAUGUCUACAGCAGCGCUCCCCCACCUCCGACGUUGUGGUUUUAAUUAAAAUCUCUGUGUUUUGCA